AUGUUGCAGUCUGCCCUGGAGCAACUGCUCCUGCGCUUCUUGGCGCCCUAUGUCGAUGGCAUCUCUGCCGACAAGCUCCGCCUGGGGGUGCUGCGGGGCUCCUUGGAAUUGGAUUCUUUGACCGUCAAGGCCGAGGCUCCCUCCUUGCUGGGCCUUGAGGGUCUACGCGUGCGACGUGGAGGCAUUGGGCGUUUGCAACUGAAGAUACCUUGGAAGAAGCUGCACAUUGGACAGUUGCGGGUUCUAGUCCAGAGGGUCCACUUGGAAGUCGAACCCAUCUCUGAGGCUUUGCUUGAUGGAGAUGGGCCGUUGGAGGAUCAGCUCAUCAAGGAGAUACGCCAAGCCAAGGUGAGAGCAGUUGAGAUGCGCUUGGAGCAGAUGAGGGACCUCAUCCAGCAGGCAGAGGAGCGAGACCCUAAGGACCAAGGACCUUUCGUGAGGCUCUUGCGGAAGAUCCUGAACAACAUCCACGUUGACUUGUCGGAGGUGCGAAUCACCUUCAUGACCUCGCCGGGGACCUCGUUCUGGGUAGAAGAUGGAAGCCUUUGCCGUGGCCAGCCCCACGCAGCCGCUGGUGCGGGCACACAUUUCUCAGGCUCGCUGCACGUGCAGCACGAGCAACUCCUCACUGCUCCUCACGAGCAGCACACACUGUCCAAGGAGGGAGCCAGAGCAGUGGACUUGGCACUUUCGCCGCAGGUGCUGCAGUUGCUUCUUGGGCCACUGCCCGCCGCCGCGGCGAAAAGUUGCAGCAAGCUGAACCUUUUGGAGGAGCCUUUUUGGACUCCACCAGUGCUUUUCGAUGGGUGUGCAGGCAUCAUCGGCUGUGUGGCUCUUUCGGUGCUUUUCAGCUUCCCAGCGCUUCAGCGACUCCCAUCACUGCGGCAGAUCGCUGGAUUUGUUUGGUCACCUUCCGUGCCAACGAAAAUUGAGCGACAUGCACUGGCAGCCUUUCACAAGCAAAUGGCCAGUAUGCUCGUGAGGUUGAUGCCAGGCAUCCUGUUCUUUAUCCUCGUUCGAUUUGCGCGGAUCGCUGUGGCGCGAGACAUUUCGUUUGAAGUGGCUCCCAUUGAUGCAUUGGACAUCCCAUGCUUGGUGAUGUACCUGGUGGGAAUUGUAUUGCUGAGAUUCAGCUUUUUGGUGACCCCUAAGACCUUGGAAGUCUGGCAUGUUCUGAUGCAAUGCUUGACGAUUCUGCCUUUGCUGCUGUCAACUGGCCAAGCUUGCCCCGACAGUUCGCAAAAUGCGUGCCAAGCAUCGAAGUCACUGCUCAACCUUUAUCAGUUCAGGAUGAUUUCUGGAAUUACCCGCUUCACAUUGCCAGCUCGAAUGGUGCUCUCAGUCAUCGGGCGCACGUCCUGGUCCGUGGUGAUUCUGAACCUCCUGCAUUGGUUGGUCGUUCUUUCCCAGCUGCCACGUCCUGCUGAGGUUGGUAUGGAUGGCUCGAGGUUCCAACCCACUGCCGAGAUGAUGAUCAUCAUUGCGGCCGCCUUCGCAGUGCGUCAUCAGACCUACCGAAAUGUUUUGGUCAGCUUGGAGCUCCGAAGCCGCAGCGUGCAGCGCUCGGCGGUGCUGCGGCUCUUGCAUGGUUUUUGCGAUGCAGUGGUGGAGCUGGAUGCUGAAUUGAGGAUAAUGGAUGCCAGGCAGCUGGCCGCGAUUUUGUUGCACAGCAGGACACAGCAGGAAGGACGGGACUUUGUGAGCUAUUUCGUCCCUGAGGAUCGGAAGCGAAUACGAGAUGGCCUGCUACGACCUGGCGAAGACUUGCCAGCUUUAGCAGUCAAUGCAAAGAUGACGGAUAGCUCUGGUACGGAAGUCAACGUUGAGCUCUUGCACGUUCAGUUCCAGGAAGGCGAAGAUGAGCAACGCCAUUACGUGGGCAUGCGGGAGAUCCAAUCGGCCGAGCCGGAGCUCGUGGCCCCUUUACAGCAAGAUCUUCCACGCGCUGAAAUGUCAGUUGUUUUCCGCGGCGAUACCUUACAAAUUCUCACGGCGGAUGCGCGCUUCUGCGAACUCUGUGCCCAACAUCUGGGUGCAUCCUCUGUGAACAACAUGAGUUUGAUCGAGCUGGCACCUGAACAGGGCCGAGAAUCUCUGUGUGGACGGAUCCAAGGAGCAAUCAAUGCAUACCUCACUACGAGGCAGCGAAGACCGGUGUCCAUCAGCCUUCAAGAUCUUAAGCUCUUUGGCCAACGUGUUGCCCGCCUGUCGCUGGAGAACGAUCAGCUGCUGGGGUGUUUGGUGGGAGAGCUGAUCCUCUCCAAUGCCACGAGCCAAUUGACUGCAUCGAACUUGACCCGGCACGAGGCGGAAGUCAGCUCGACGCUGUCGCGGCUGGAGGAACCACCGAUGGCGGAGCGGAACACGUCCAGCUCACGGGUCAGCAGAAGAUCAGGUACUCACACGUCAGGUAGCAGCAGAAGAUCAAACUCUCACAUGUCCGGAAGUCGCAGCCGGCCAGGGCCCCUUUACGAUUUCAGACUUCAGUUGUAG